AUGGAAGCUCAUCAAGUGGUUCCCGACCUCCUGGACGUCGCCCCGUCGUCUGUGGCCACGGUCAAGUACCCGUCAGGAGUGGAGAUGAACCAGGGGGGUGAACUGACGCCCACUCAGGUGAAAGACACUCCAUCGGUCAGCUGGUCGGACGUUGAUCCGACAGCAUUGUACACGGUGCUCUUCACCGAUCCGGACGCGCCGAGUCGAGCGAACCCGAUCUACAGUGAAGUUCUGCACUGGUUGGUAGUAAAUGUUCAGAAAACGGAUAUUUCCUCUGGUGUCACUAUUAUGGAGUACGUUGGAUCAGGCCCUCCGGACGGCACAGGUCUGCAUCGUUACGUACUGACCAUUUGGAAGCAGCCCGGUGCACUUCCCGUUGAUGAACUGAAGGCUGCUUUUCCGCCAACAGCUCGGCUACGAUUCAACAGUCGCAACUUCAUUGCCAACAACUUUUACCAGGCAAAAUUUGAUGAGCAUGUACGUGAGAAACGAGGUCUCCGCUUGUCAACGGGCUUCAAAGACCAACAAAUAGUGCCUGAUGUAGUGGACGAAGCUCCGGUGCUGACGGUAGAGGUAAAGUACGCUUCAGGCACAAUCAUCAACCUUGGAGCCGAGCUGACUCCGGCGCAAGUCAAAGACAUUCCCGAGUACCUGAGUUGGAGAGUGGAUGAGCCAAAUGCGCUGUAUACGCUGUGCUUGACCGAUCCGGAUGCACCAUCAAGAGCUGAUCCAAAGUACCGCGAAUUCGUGCACUGGCUAGUGGUGAACGUAAGAGGCCAAGACCUAAGCAGUGGUCAGACGCUGGUGGAGUACGUUCCUUCAUCUCCGGGGAAAGACACCGGCCUUCAUCGCUACUGUUUGCUGCUGUACAAGCAGCCCACUGGCUUCAUUAGCCCCGAUUUCAAGCCAAUCAACAGCAGCAGCAGUCGUGAGGAGCGACGUAGCUUUCGAAUCCGCGACUUUGCCGUAAAGAACGGCCUUCAGGGUCCUGUUGCUGGCAACUACUACCUGGCCCAGUACCAAGAUUAG